GUGCCCAUUCGCAUUCGCCACACACCAUCAUAACCCAACAAACUUAUUUACUUUUUCUCUCUCUGCAAUGCCUUCAAUGCUUCCCCUCUGCAUUGCAUCAUUGCUCACUCUUUUUGUCGCAACCACUGCUAGAAUUCCCGGCGUCUACACCGGCGGUGCAUGGCAGGGUGCCCACGCCACUUUCUACGGCGGAAAUGACGCCUCCGGAACAAUGGGUGGGGCAUGUGGGUACGGGAACCUAUACAGCCAAGGGUACGGGGUAAACACGGCAGCACUAAGCACGGCACUGUUCAACAAAGGGUUGAGCUGCGGCGCGUGUUUCGAGAUCAGGUGCGACGAGGAUCCACGGUGGUGCAACCCCGGAAGGCCCUCCAUCACCAUCACCGCCACCAACUUUUGCCCUCCCAACUUCGCUCUCCCCAGCGACAAUGGCGGCUGGUGCAACCCUCCCCGCCCCCACUUCGACCUCGCCAUGCCCGUCUUCCUCAAGAUCGCCCAGUACCGCGCCGGAAUCGUCCCCGUCAGUUACCGCCGGGUCCCGUGUAGAAAGGCUGGUGGAAUGAGAUUCACGAUGAACGGUUUCCGUUACUUCAACCUGGUUCUGAUCACGAACGUGGCGGGUGCAGGGGAUAUCGUGCGCGUGAGCGUGAAGGGAACAAGGACUAGUUGGAACAGCAUGAGCCGGAACUGGGGGCAAAAUUGGCAAUCGAACGGUGAUUUAGUGGGGCAGGCCCUUUCCUUCAGAGUCACGGGCAGCGACAGGCGCACCUCGACCUCGUGGAACGUGGCACCCUCUCAUUGGCAGUUCGGCCAGACCUUCAUGGGCAAGAAUUUCCGCGUCUAAACAUAAAACAUUAUUAAUCCUAAUCCUAAUCCUAAUCCAUGUUUGCUUUGCUUUUGUAGUUUGGUUUUUGUUUUCCCGCGUUCAACUUUCCUCUAUUUUCCCGGGAAAGUUUGAAGGGGACUGAAAGUGAGUGAGAGAAGAAGGGUAGAUUAGAGAAAAAGUGAGUGAGAGUGACUUUAGUAUAAAUGCUUUAAGUUGGGGUGUCUGUAGAUUUUGCUUUUUGGAAGGUGAAUUUGACAUUUGUGUGUGAUAUUAAUUAUUAUUACUAAGGUGUAUUGGGUGUUGCUGGCAUAUUUAUUACCCAGCAAUGCUUUUUGACUUAACGGGGGUGAGGAGGCUGCAACUGCAAGUGCAAGGUUUUCAUGUAGCCCGCGUCUCCUUUAUUAUCAACCACAAAACAUUAUAAUAUUAUGUAAUAUUAUGUUUCGGUUAA